UUCGGUGGCUCUAAAACCUCACCAAAGCAGUCAGUCACCCAGUGCCUGCUUCUGCUGCUAUUCCAUCAGUGAUGGCGCUCCAACUAAGAUCCAAAGCUCGAACCUUUUCGAACCCUUCUUUCAUCCGUCUCUUCUCCACCAACUCCUCCUCCUCCUCAAACCCUUCUGAUCCUUCUGACCCAAAUGACGAAUCCAACUCUUCUUCCUCCUCUCAAUCUUCUCUGUCUUCCUAUUUCAGCGAUGUCAAAGCCAGUCUCAGACAGACCCAAAGCUAUCCUCGGCCGGAACCCAGAAGACCCGCCUCCUCAUCUUCAAACCAUCCCUCUUUCUCGAGGCCCUCCAAGAUCGAGUCCUUCGACGAGAUUCGCAAGAACCUCUCUGAGUUCCGCCGCGCGACCUCUGCUCCUCCUCCCACCGCCAAGUCUAAUUCUACGCCAACCUCCUCGUCGCCUCGUGGUUCUGGUUCUUCGCAGCACAUCUCGUUUGAGGAGCUGUACAAGCAAAACGUGGUGGGGAUGGCGCAGAAUGCCGAGAAGAGUGGUGGUGGAAGGCAGUCGUUUGAAGCGAUUCGGGAGAGUUUGAAGCAGCUGAGCUCGUCUCAGAAUGAGAAGAAGGGUGUGGACCCCAUGUCGUUAUCGACGUUCAAGAAUACUUUGAGGUUGAAGCCCAAGGAUUCCUCUUCUUCUUCUUCUUCUUCUUCCUCGUCGCCGAGUAUGGUGAUUGGAGGGACUGAUGCUUCGCCGUUCUCAUUGUUUGGGGAGGUGUCGAGGGAGAAGAAGGACAAGGACAGGUCGGAUGCGAUGAGGGCGGAGUUCGUGAAGAUGUAUAGCUAUGGAGAGUUGGGAGAGAAGUUGAAGACUUUGAGGCCGGUGGCUAAAGGGGAUGAUUGGUUUUCAUUGGGGGAAUUGAAUGACAGGUUGAUUAAAUUGAGGGAUUUGGAGGACAAAGAGACUGAAAGUAAGAUUGGCGGCAACUCUUACAGGGACUUGAGGGAUAGCUUGCUCAAGUUGAAGCUACCCGAGGAUGAGAAACCUAAGUUGCACAGAAUUGAUAUAUUGGGUCAAUUGGGUCGCACUCCUGACUUCAUGCUGCAAACUCCCAAGGAACACCUGGUUGAAAAGUAUUUCCAUCCAGAUAACAUGUCUUCUGAAGAAAAACUGAAAAUCGAACUUGCCAAAGUUAGAGAUGAGUUUAAAAUGUCAGAGUCAGAUUGUGGAUCUGCACGAGUACAAGUGGCGCAGCUAACAACCAAGAUCAAGCAUUUGUCUUCAGUUUUGCACAAAAAGGAUAAGCAUUCUCGGAAGGGUCUUCUAGCAAUGGUGCAGAGGAGGAAGAGGAUAUUGAAGUAUCUCCGAAGAAAGGACUGGGAGUCAUACUGUUUGGUUCUUGAUAAACUUGGUCUCAGGGACAAUCCUGAUUACAAGCAUUAGCAGAGACUGUAUUAUGCCAUCUUUUGUUUUUGUUGCAUUGAAAUUUUUGCAAGUUGAUCUAAUCCCUUUUCCUGAUUCUACAAGGAAAUGAAAUUGAAGUGCAGAUUUUUUUUUCCCCCCUUCCCUUUUUUUUGGGUUUUAUUUCCUCUCUUUGAAUAAGGAUGCUCAUUAAUUAUGUAGGUCCUAUCAGAGAGUUCUCUGAAAAGAAUGUAAUAUCAUAUUGUAUUUUCGAUGUUCAUCAACAGAAUUUUCUUUCACGAUUAAUACUAUAAUAGAUAAUAGUCGGUUUCCAAAUCA